AGCGUGGCGCUAACUGCUGCACCACUGCUCCCCCCAACGCACACUCACACAACGAGAUAAAUUCGAGCGAUUUUUUUUGCUGCGGUGUUAAAAAUGUAAAUGCUUAACAACAACAAUAACAACAACAACAAUAAUAAUAAUAAUUUAAAUGCAAUUUAAAGCAGCAACAGCAGGAUGUGGCGUUUUACUCCGUGACGCGUCCGGAACAGGAUGUGGCGUCACACCACCCCCCCAGCGCCCACGUGCUGCGGGCUGCCAACACGUGGACGCUGCAGCGAGCAACACAUUUCUGUACUUCACCGGCAACACACCGCUGCCGCAAAACUCGAGCGUUAUAUGCGCCGUCAUUUAUAAUUAAUUGGAAGAUUGUGUGCGUGCGGUUUUCCGUCUCGCUCACGAGAUGGACCUCGUGGCGGUGCCGAUGGACGCGGUGCUUCGCCUGGCGAGCGUGAGCGAUCAAUGCCGAGCCGGCUUGGGCCACCUCGCUGGCCGGCCCCAGCAGCAGGCUUGGUCACCCUCCGAGCGCGGGGCUCUGCUGGACACUCUCUCGGCGCUGCUGCUGGAGCCCGACUCCACGCUGCACGUGGCACGGGCCCUGCGCCCGCUGCUGCCCGUGCUGCUCGAGCGUCUGGGGGAAGAGUCGGAGCGUCGCGGGGAGGAAUCCGAACAGGAGACGCGAGAGUCGAAAGCCUCGAAUCGAUGGAUGGGCUUCCACGAGCGCUUCUGCGUCGCGCUGGGGAAACUCUUGCCACUGAGCCCAGAUGCGGUGCAGUUUGCGGAGCGAUAUUUCAAAACGGCACCGCCCGCAUUUGUGCGGCUCGGCCAUGGCGGUGCAGCGCCCGCCAAGGAAAAGGGGAAGAGAAAACGAUCCAAACUCAUCCCUCUGGCCGACCUGAUGGAGGCCUCGUAUAGGCUACUCAAGGGAUGUCACACGGUGCUCUCCGACCAAUGGGACUGGAGUGUGUGCGUGCCCCUUUUGCAAGAUCCAGACAGCCGUGUUCGAUGGUACACGGCCAACUGCCUGGCGCUGCUCUGCGCGAUGAGCGACCGGCAGAGGAUGCAGUUCCUCUGCCGGGUCCUCAGCGAAGAUGAGCUCAUCUCCCACCGCAUCGCGCUGAUGGAGGAGAGCGCCGCCGAGGUUGCGGAGGGAGCCCUGACGCUCGUGGCGUCUGACUGCCCCCUCUGGAGCCGCGGGGUGCUUCCCCAGGGUCCUCGUGCGAGCACGGGGAGCGAGUUCCUCUCCAGCGACCUCUCGGAGCGCGUCGUGCCCGUGUGUGGCGUCGUGCUGCCGCGGAGCGGGCACAGAGAGGGCACGGCUGGGCAGACCCCGUGCCCGCUGGUGCCGGUCCCCUCUACGUGUGCGCUGCUGCGGGCCCUGGCGUCGGCGGUGGCCUCUCGCCGCGCCGCUCUCAUCGAGGGCCCCGUGGGCUGCGGCAAGACGGCGCUCGUAGAGCGGCUGGCGGCGCUGACCGGACGGACGGCGCCGCCCGGACUCCUCACCGUGCAGCUCGGGGAUCAAACCGACAGCCGAACGCUGCUGGGCAUGUACCGCUGCACGGAUGUCCCGGGGGAGUUCACGUGGCGAGCAGGCGCCCUGACGCAGGCCGUGUCGCGCGGCGACUGGAUCCUGCUCGAGGACAUCGACUACGCCCCGCUCGACGUGAUCUCGGUUCUCAUCCCGCUGCUGGAGUCGGGCGUGCUGUCCGUGCCUGGGCGGGGGGACUGCGUCCGCGCGGCGCCCGGUUUCCAGCUGUUCGCCACGCGGCGCCUGCACGGGGCCACGCUGCGCCGCCACGCCUUGGGCUCGCACGACACGCUGCUCGACAAGGCGUGCACGCGCGUGCGCGUCGAGUGCAUGGCGCGCCCGGAGCUCAAGGAGGUGCUGAUGAGCCGCUUCAGCUUACCCAGCCCUGCUGCCGAGCGGCUGCUGCUCAUCUACUGCCAGCUGACGGGAGACGAAGUGGACAGCUGUGCGGGAACGGAGGGACCCCAGAUGACCCCGGCACAGCCGAGACGCCUCAACAUGGAGGGGCGAGUCAUCUCGCUGAGGGACCUCCUCAAGUGGUGCCAACGCGUCGCCCAUCUCUUCAAGGGCACGGCUGAAGCGAACGCGCUCUGCAUCUUCCAGGAGGCGCUGGACUGCUUCUGCGCGGUGCUGUCCCAGCCCGAGAACCGGCAGAUGCUGGCGGAGAUCAUCGGCUUCCAACUCAACAUCAUCCGCGAGAAGGUGGAAUUUUUCUGUCGCCACUACAAGCCCGAGAUCGUCGUCACGGAAACCACGGUUACAGUCGGACGAGCGACGCUGCCUCGACAGCUGAGAGAGGCCGUGACUCUGACCAGGGACGCGGCGACGUUUGCAGCGACGCGGCCCUCCGCGGUGCUGCUGGAGCAGGUGGUGGUGUGCGUGGCACGCGAGGAGCCCGUCCUGCUGGUGGGCGAGACCGGCACGGGGAAGACGUCCACGGUGCAGCACCUGGCCACCAGCCUCGGUCGCACCCUCCGAGUGAUCAACAUGAACCAGCAGAGUGACACGGCUGACCUGCUGGGAGGUUACAAGCCCGUGGACGCGCGGCGCCUCGUGAAGCCGCUGCGCGAAGCAUUCGAGGAGCUGUUCGUGCGCAGCUUCUCGAGCCGCCAGAACUCCACUUUCCUGGGCCACCUCCAGACGUGCGUGCGGCAGAAGCGCUGGAGCGACCUCGUCAGGCUCAUGCUGCACGUGCAGGCCAAGGCGUGCGGCCGCAACGGCGAGCACGGCGACGGCACCGCCCUCCACGCCCAGUGGGAGGCCCUGGGACUCCGCCUCGCGCAGAUCCAGAGGCAGAUGAAAGUGGCCGAGAAAACCCUGCUCUUCAGCUUCGUGGAGGGCAGCCUCGCGCAAGCGGUGCGCGCGGGUGACUGGGUGCUGCUCGACGAGAUCAACCUGGCGUCGGCGGAGACGCUGGAGUGUCUGAGCGGGCUGCUCGAGGGCAGCCGCGGCUCGCUGGUGCUGCUGGACCGCGGCGAUACAGAGCCAAUCUCGCGUCACCCGGACUUCCGGCUCUUCGCCUGCAUGAACCCGGCCACGGACGUUGGCAAGAGGGACCUUCCCCCAGGAAUACGGAACCGGUUCACGGAGCUCUAUGUGGAUGAGAUCGAGGACACGGGAGACCUGGGCAUCCUCAUCUCGGACUACCUGAAGGGGUUGAAUGUCACUAGGCCAACCAUCCAGGGCAUCAUCAGCUUUUACCUGGCCGUGCGCAAGGUGGCACGGGAGAGCCUGGUGGACAGCACAGGCCACCGGCCUCACUUCAGCCUCCGCACGCUAUGCCGUGCCCUGCAGUACGCCGCCAGGAACCCAUGCGGCAACCUCGCGCGCUCCCUCUACGAGGGCUUCUGCCUGAGCUUCCUGACGCAGUUGGACCGAGGGUCGCACCCGGUGGUGGAGAAUCUCGUGUGCAAGCACGUCGUUGGCACCCGCAUUGUGAAGGCUCUACUCAAGCAGCCCCUCCCGGACCCUUGUCCCGGAAAGUUCGUGCAGGUGGAGGGCUACUGGCUGCCUCUUGGGGACAAGGAGGUGGCUCUCGAUCCCUCGUACAUCCUCACGGCCUCCGUGAGGCAGAACCUCAAGGACAUCGCCCGUGUCGUGGCGGCUGGCCGUCACCCGGUGCUGCUGCAGGGAGAGACGUCGGUUGGCAAGACGAGCCUCGUGCGCUGGCUGGCGGGCGCCACGGGCAACGCGUGCGUGCGAAUCAACAACCACGAGCACACAGACCUGCAGGAGUAUCUGGGCAGCUACGUCUCGGACCGCGAUGGCAGGCUCGUCUUCAGGGAGGGCUUGCUGAUCACGGCGAUGCGUCGCGGCCACUGGAUCGUGCUGGACGAGCUGAACCUGGCGCCCACCGACGUGCUGGAGGCGCUCAACCGCCUCCUCGACGACAACCGUGAGCUGCUCGUGGCCGAGACGCAGGAGGUUGUGCGCGCGCACCCGCGCUUCACGCUGUUCGCCACGCAGAACCCGCCGGGCCUCUACGGCGGUCGCAAGGUCCUGUCGCGCGCGUUCAGGAACCGCUUCGUGGAGCUGCACUUUGACGAGCUGCCGAGCUCCGAGCUGCAGACCAUCCUGCACCAGCGCUGUCACCUGCCGCCCUCCUAUUGCGCCAAGCUCGCUGCCGUCAUGGCCGACCUGCAGGCUCACCGGCGCGGCUCCAGCGUGUUUGCCGGCAAGCACGGCUUCAUCACCCUGCGCGACCUCUUCCGCUGGGCCGAGCGCUACCGCCUGGCCGAGCACGGCGACAAAACCUACGACUGGCAGCUGCACUUGGCCAACGACGGCUACAUGCUGCUGGCGGGGCGCGUGCGCAAGGAAGAGGAAGCGAGCGUCAUACGGAGCGUUCUGGAGAAGAACUUUAAGAGGAAGAUCAACCCGGCGCAGCUCUUUUCCCUUGAGAGCCUGCGGCAGAUGCUGGAUGCGAGGGCGUCGGUCGGCGGGCGCGGUCCGGAGUUGCCGGAGGAGUUCCGGCACGUGGUGUGGACGUCCGGCAUGCGCCGCCUCGCCGUGCUCCUGGGCCGGGCCCUGCGCUUCAAGGAGCCGGUGCUGCUUGUCGGAGAAACCGGGUGUGGCAAGACCACGCUGUGCCAGAUCUUCGCCGCGCUCGCUGGGCAGAAGUUGCACACCGUCAACUGCCACCUGCACAUGGAGACGUCCGACUUCCUGGGUGGCCUUCGUCCCGUGCGGCACCAGACGUCGGCCCAGGAGGGCGACAGUCAGAGGCUGUUCGAGUGGCACGAUGGACCGCUGGUGCUGGCCAUGCGGAAUAACGGCGCGUUCCUCAUGGAUGAGAUCUCGCUGGCGGACGACUCGGUUUUGGAGCGCCUCAACAGCGUGCUGGAGGUGGAGAAGAGCCUCCUGCUGGCCGAAAAGGGGAGCGGCGAAGACGGCGAGGAGGUGGAACUCGUCAUGGCCGGCGAGACGUUCUGCAUCCUCGCCACCAUGAACCCCGGCGGAGACUUCGGCAAGAAGGAGCUCUCGCCGGCGCUGCGGAACCGAUUCACGGAGAUCUGGUGUCCGCAGACGAGCGAGCGCGACGACAUGAUGCAAAUCGUGCGGCACAACCUGGCUCCCAGCCUCUCUCCGGGCUCCCCGCUCGCGCAAGGCGUGGACGUGGCUGCCUCCAUGCUGGACUUCAUCGCGUGGCUCUCGAGCCAGGACUUUGGCCGUCGCUGCGUGGUGAGCGCCCGUGACCUCCUCGCCUGGGCCCUUUUCGUGAACGCGGCGAGCGGGGCCCGCGGGGACGAGGGGGCGGGCGCGCGAGAGCCGCUCGACGUGCCCUGCGCCUUCGCGCACGGCGCCUGCCUCGUCUACGUGGACGCCAUCGGCUCCGGCACGACGGCGGGGUCCAGCGACGUCGUUGCGGAGGCUCGGGCCUCCUGCCUGUGCUUCCUCCGCAAGCUGCUGUGUGCCGCGGGCGCCACGCUCGGCCCCGCGGCGUUGACCCUGCUGGCGCCGGGAGAGGGGGAGCAGCGGGCCAAGGAGCAGCUGGGCCCACGCUGGAGUAGCGGCUCCUUCGGGGUGCCGCCAUUCCAUAUUCCCACGGGACCCCUGGGGCCGUCCUCGCGGCUGCCCGACUACGCGCUGGAUGCGAGCACGACGGCGCGGAACGCCCAGCGCGUGCUGCGGGCGCUGCAGCUCGGCAAGCCAGUGCUGCUCGAGGGAUCGCCGGGCGUCGGCAAGACCAGCCUGGUGGCGGCCGUGGCGCGCGCCGCGGGGCACGAACUCGUGCGCAUCAACCUGUCCGAGCAGACGGACGUCACCGAUCUGUUUGGCACGGACCUUCCCGUGGAGGGGGGCCAGGGGGGCCAGUUCGCGUGGCGUGACGGGCCUCUCCUCGCCGCCCUCAAGGCCGGUCACUGGGUGGUCCUGGACGAGCUGAACCUGGCGUCGCAGUCGGUGUUGGAGGGGCUCAACGCCUGCUUCGACCACCGCGCCGAGGUGUUCGUCCCCGAGCUGGGCAUGACGUUCCACGUCCAGCGCGACAGCACCCGCAUCUUCGGUUGCCAGAACCCGCUGAGGCAGGGCGGCGGCAGGAAAGGCCUGCCCCGCUCCUUCCUCAAUCGCUUCACUCAGGUGUACGUGGACGAGAUGAGCGGCGGCGACAUGGAAUUCAUCGCCAACGCUAUGUUCCCCAACAUCGGCAGCCACAUCGUCGCCAAGAUGGUGGAGUUCAACAACAAGAUGGUGCAGGCGGUGACGGCGGAGCGGCGCUGGGGCCAGCGCGGCGGGCCCUGGGAGUUCAACCUGCGCGACGUCUUCCGCUGGUGCCAGCUCUUGGAGGCCGACCAGGACCCGGGCCGCUACUCGCCGGGCCGCCACGUGGCGCUGGUGUACGCCGACCGAAUGCGGAGCGCCGAGGAUCGCGACAAGGUGUACGAGCUGUACCGGGAGGUGUUCACGGAGGAGGAGGAUUUGCUGGAGGAGUCGCUGCACCUGCACGUCACUCCUGCACUUGUGCAGGCUGGCUUCAGCUGCCUGCGGCGCCACUCGCGGGGCGUCCCGGGGUCCGGCGUCGGCGCCCUCGCGGGUCCGCACGCCCUGCAGCUGUUGCCGGGCUGCGUGCCGCGCCUGUCGCCGCUGCUGCGCUGCGUGGAGCGCGGUUGGAUGGUUCUGCUGGUCGGGCCGGCCGGCGCCGGGAAGUCGGCGCUGCUGAGCUCGCUCGCCACGCUGGCCGGCCGCCGCCUGCGCGUCAUGGCCGUCAACAGCGACAUGGACACGACGGAGCUGCUCGGAGGGUUUGAGCAGGUGGACGCGCGUCGCCCGUGGCUCGCGCUGCUUGCGGACGCCCGCGACGCCGUCGCUUCGCUCGCCCGUGCCGCCCUCCCCGCCUCCUCCCAGCAUGCCGAGCGGCUGCUGCGACUGCGCACGUCGCUGUUGGCAAUCGGGGGUGGCGCCACGCCGGAGGUCACGGUUUCGGACGUAGAAACGCUGCACAGCAUUCUGGGAGAGGUGGAACUUGUCAACGGCGAUCACCGCGCGCUGUCUGCGACAGUGCUGUCAGAUCUCCGGGAACGGCUCGGCAACUUCCAGCGGAGGUUUUGCUCAUCGCCGCUUUCCACCGCCGCGGGAUCCAGGGCGGGCGGCGCUGGCUCUGCGGGGGAGGUUGGAGGUGGCGGCGGUGCCUUUGAGUGGGUGGAUGGUGUUCUUGUGGAGGCGCUGCGCGCGGGCGACUGGCUGCUCAUGGACAACGUCAACUUCUGCAGCCCUUCGGUCCUGGACCGGCUCAACGCACUGCUGGAGCCGGGGGGAGUCCUGACCAUCAGCGAGAGGGGAGUCAUCGACGGCACCGUGCCAACCAUCGUUCCUCACCCCGAUUUCAGACUCUUCCUCUCUAUGGACCCGGUGCACGGGGAAAUCUCUCGAGCCAUGCGCAACCGCGGCGUCGAGAUCUUCCUUCCCGUCGUGGCAAUGCCGCCGGAGCCAGGCCCCGAGCCCACGGCUGCCGUCGACACUGAGAUGGCCAUGGAUGUGGAAGUGCCGGCGGAGCGCUGCGCCGGCACGGGCGAGGGAGGGGAGCCUCAAGGACGUGCGGCCACGCCAUGCCUCGCGGGAGGCGGAGGGGAGGCCGCAGAGAGGGCCCGGAUUGCCGAGAUGGACCUGAAGCUGAUGCUGCUCGGACUGGGGGUGGUGGCAGACUCUCUAGCUUCACAGCUGAUAGCGCUGCACCGGCAGAUGGGAAGCAGUCUGCUUGGAGGAUGCCCGCUGUCUCAGCUGCUCCAGGCCGCCGCCCUGCUGGUGCAGCAGCUGCAUCGAGGCCAGGGGCUGCACUCGGCGUUUGUGAGCGCGUGCGCCGAUGUCUACGCUUCCACGCAGCCCUCGCCCAGCACCCGGCAGUGGGCCCUGGAGACGGUGGAGGCGCACGCUGCCCACGUGACGUGCGAUGAGCCGCAGCUGCUGGCGCCUGGCCGCUACCCCGAGCCCGUGCCCUCGGUGGCGUCGCUGGCGAGGGACGCGUCGCUCUGCACCGUGCGCCGUGACGGGGCUCUGCUGCUGCACUGCCUGGCCGCUGCAGGUCAAAGGGGGUAUGCGCUGACGUUAGGGGACCUGCGACGAAGCAUCGGGGUCGUCGGUUUGCCGAACGACCAACCUGGGGUCCCCACCGCCGCUCCAUCGACGCCACCCACAGACAACUCCGCCCUCCUCCCGUUCGCCGCGAGACUCGUCGCCGAACGAGCCUCCCCUCAGGAUUGGCUGCUGCGGGUCAGGUGGUUGAAUGACCUGGCCAAUGGCGACGCCAUAAAUGCAGGCCAAGUUGGGACGGUACUGCGGGCGGCGUCCGAGGCUCUCGACUCUGUGUCCAAGACCGGCCUCGUGAGCCGUAUUGUGGCCUGCCAGCAGCACCUUGCACAGCAAGCCGGAGACUCCUCGUCUCUGGCCGACUUCCCUCUGGACAUCAGGUGGAACUUGCAGUACCUGGAAGUCGUGUCCAACAGGGCCCGAAGAGCCGGCCUUGACCCCUGCCCUGCCCAGCUCUUCUCGUUGGCAAACAGGAUGAGCCUUCUGCUGGAGAGGAGAGCGAAGUCGUACGUGGAGUCGCUGGCACUGGAGUCGGGCCUGAGGACGUUUAAAGACUUGAACUCGUCGGUGCUGAAGACGUCCUACGCCCUGAGUAAAGGUGCCCUGGGCUCCGAGUCUCUGCCACACCCAGCCGUCGCUUUCGUGUUCCCGUUCCUCUCGCUGUGGGACGACUGGCUCGGCCGCUGGGCGAGCGGUGGCAAAGAGGAGGUGUCCGAUGAGGACCUAACGAAGCUGCUGCAGAGUGUGCGGCGACGCGAUUGGUUCUGGGAAGCAUGUGAGGUCACUUCCUGCGAACAAGGGAUGCUGGGAAUGCUGGCGCUGCACUGGCAUUGGCUGAGAAAGGCGGGCUGUGGCGAUGAAGCGUUACUCCCCUCUGGGUGUCCUGCUGAACUGAAGACGAUGGUGUCGGCCUUGGACCAGCACCUGGGCCGACCCGACGCACGCCAUUCGGCGCUGAGCAGGAUGCGGAAGUCACUCGGAUGGCCCCUGCCUUUCAAGCAGCGGGAGGCGGUGGAGGUGGCGCUGGGGCUGAGCGAGGCCUGGAACCGCCUCUGCACGCCGCUCGCCCACGCCCCGCGAUCCCCAGAGGAGGCACUCAUCGCACUCACGAGGCUCAGGGCCGUGUGCGACCGCGCGGGCCCGGCGCACGGCGACGGCGUUCGGAGCGCCCUGACGCGCGUCUGGGAGCAGCUGCUGCUGCUGCAGCACGGAGGGGCGGAGGUCGGAGCUGAAGCCCUGAGGGAGCUGACAUCAUCGUGGACCACCCUGAAGCAAGGCGUGCUGGAACGCGCGCUGGAAGCGGGCGACACCGGCGUGCCGGGCGAUGCGGCGGACGACGCCGCGCUGCUCGCGCUGGAGAGCCGCGUGCAGCUGUGGCCAGUCCUGGAGCAGCUCGCCCUGCGCUCCCAGUGCCGACUCGUGGCCGCCCUCCUCAACGUGCCGACGUCCGACAGCGUGGGUGAGGAGCCGCCGUGGGGCGCUGGCGAGGAUGUGAGGCACCUGGUGUCGUUCUCCUCGCGCUUCACGCCCUCGUGCCCACGACAGCUCGGCCUCCUGCGCGGGCUUCUCGGCCUCCCGUCACGCCAGGUGCUGCCCUCUGUUCGGUGGGACCUGCUGCUGGCUGCCCUCUCCCAGCUAUGGUGCAACACAGCCGCCAGUCGCCCUGAGCUUUGGCUGGGCUGGAAAUCGAGGACCGACCUCCAAGAUUCCCCCAAAUCGACCCAGUCCUUGUCACCUGCGUUCGGCGAGAUUCUCAAGGGCCCCGGCGUGCUGAGCUGCGCCGCCCUCUCGGGCUGCCUCUUCCGUAUCCUUGGCAACGACGGCCAUUGGUCGCCCCAGGAGGACCCCGCGGGUCACGUGACCCUGGGGGCCUGGCAGCAGCGCACCCAGCAGCUGGAGGUCGUGGGUCGAGUCGCGUGGUGCAACAUGUCAUCUGCCGCGCUGCCCGAUUUCACGGAGGGCGACCGCCGUCUCCUGCGCUCCGUGCUGCGCGUGCUCCUCUCCCGCGCGGCUGAGUCGCUGGGCCCGGCCUCUGAGCCCACGGCGACGGCGCUGGGAGACCGCGGCGAAGCGAGCGCCGGGGACGAGGAGCGACUCGCGGACGCGGCGGCCCGGUGUCUACGGGGGGCGUCCGCCCUGCCCGCGGACGUCGCCGAGCUGCUCGAGGAUUGCGUCGCCUCCCUCGGCGACUCCUGCUCGCGUGACGCGCCAGGGGGCGGGCAAAAAGAGCUGCUGCACAGAGCGGAGCUGUGGGCCAAGCUGGGCCUGGUGGCCGUGCUGACGUGGCGACCUCGCACGCACUUUGACCCCAUGGUGAAGAGAGCGCAGAAGCUCCGGCACACGGAGGAGGAGCUGCACGAGCUGGAGAGUGAGUGGCGAGCCCGGGAGACGUUGUCCCACAUCGUCUCAGGCCGAGACCUCCGCGUGGAUUCUCACUGCCACCCACGCAUCCGCUUCGUGCAGCAGAGGAUGGAGGUGCUGCGCACGCGCGUGCACGAGCUUUCCAAGAAGCAGGCUCACCGCCCCGAGCCUCGCGCCUACGAGCGGCUCUCGCGAGACGUCGCCCACUUCGUGAGCAGCAUCUGCCAACCGCAGAGGGCGCUCCGGCUGCUCGCGCGCAUCACCGAGUCCCUCUCGCGUCCGGCGGAGACCGCCUCGGCCUCCGCCUCCCUGCUGCGCGAAGAGGCCGCCUGGCAGACGUCGCUGGAGCGGUUCCGCGCUCGGCUGGCGGAGGGAUACGCGGGCUUCCCGGACGUCGUCACGCCCCUGCUGUGCGGAGUGGCGCAGCUGCAGCACGGCGUGCGUCUGGCCGCGACCGAGCUGCGCCGCGUGGGUGCCGCCGAUCGCUCGGCCGCGAGCCUCGUCCCGAGCCUCGUCUCGUGCCUCGCGAAGCUGCCCUCAGUCUCGGCCGAGUUCCCGUCGUUCCUGGCGCACGCCGACGCGCUGAGCCGGCGCGACGCGUCCCGCGCCGUCGCGGACGCCCUCGGCCGCGCCGGAGAGGGCGGCGCCGGCGUCGUCGGUGCUGGCGGCGAGGGGUCGGAGGUCGCCCGGAGAGCUACCGAGCGGCUCGUGGUGCUCGCGCUGCUCUUCCUGAGGAACCACAUGCGUCUGCGCGGAGAGAUGGACGCGGCCUCGCUCGGGCUGCUCCAGCACCUGCUGCAGGUCGUGGUGAACGCGUUCGACGAUCAGGAGCGGCGGGCGGCUGAGCGCGCCCAGCAGCAGGCGAGCGUCUUCCGCUACCGGAGCCAGGGGCACGGCUCCGGCCUCUCGCCCGAAGAGCAGGAGGAGAGAGACUUCCGGCGGCGCUUCCCGCAGCACGAUCAGGACUUUGCCGACCUGACCGCCACGUUAAGCCUGGACGGCUGCGGCGAGGCCGCCCCUCGGCCCAACGGCACGGACGGCGGCGACGACGACGCCGGCGACGGGGGGGACGGCGGCUCGCCGCUCGUGUCGGAGGAGUGCUCCCGCGUGGCGGUCCUCGUGCACGCCGAGGCCUUCCGCGGCCUCACCCACACGGCCUGGUACCGCCCCUCCGGAGCGACCGCCCACCCGCCCCCGGACCACAUGGCCACCUUCGCGGCGGCCUACCAGCUCGCCGGCACCGUGAUGGCACAGGCGUACCCCGUGGUUGACGCAAGCCUGGAGCGGGACACGAUGUGCGCCCACCUGCUCAUGUCGAAGCUCAUCCGAGACAACGUCGCCGAGUCACCGGGCGGCCCCGACGUCGUCGAAUCCUCGCGGGCCCACUACGACUUCUACCACAGCCCCAACGCGGCCCAGGCACUGCAGUGUCUGCUCCCGCUGAAGGCCUUCACGGUGCGCGUCUCCCAGCUGCUGGAUGAGUGGCCGGAGCACCCGACGCUCUCGCAGCUGGUGAUCGUGAUGACAAGGAUCCUGGGAUUCUCGCUGUCCAGCCCCCUCUCCAAGUUCCUGUACGGCUUGGAGCUCCUCCUGGCCAAGGCUCAGGACUGGGAGAGCAACGCGAGCCGUUCCGUGAGCCUGCGACCCCACCUGGACGCCAUCACUCAGCUGAUCAUCCAGUUCCGCAAGCUCGAGCUCAGCUGCUGGGCCCAGUGUCUGGACAACGUGGCGUCACGGUGCGCGGAGAAGACCAACGUCAGCUGGUUCUCGCUGCACCAGCUCGUGGAGAACGGCGUCUCCGCGGAGGACUCGCCGCUGGCGUCCGUGGCCUCCACCCUGCAGGCCUUCAUGGAGGGGGCUACCCUGGGGGAGUUCCCGUGCCGCCUCGACUUGCUGCUCUCCUUCCACUGCCAGGCCGUGCACCUGCCGCCCUCCGCCAGCAGAGAGGCACUGCUGGGAUUGCUGUGGAACCUGCAUCAGUACUACAGCCAGUUCUCCGAGUCCGUUCACUCAGCCCUGGCGCAGAAACGCAAGGCCAUCGAGAAGGAGCUGAAGGACUUUGUGAAGAUCUGCCGGUGGAACGACGCCAGUUUCUGGGCCAUGAAGGAGGCUGUGAACAAGACGCACAGGACGCUGUUCCGGUUUUCGCGCAAGUUCGAGGAGGCGCUCUCCGAACCGUGCCGACCGGCGCUCACCGAGCCGGGCCCGGCGGUAGCGGCCGACGCUGCCCAGUCGCACGACUCCGUGGCCGUGGUGACGUUGCUGAGGAACCAGCGGAGCUGGGUCUCCCCCUCUCUGCAGGAUGUGGCACCGGGAGACGAGGACUCUCCCCAGGAGUCCCUGCAGGGGCGACUGCCCGUGCUGUCUGCCCGCACGUGGAAGUUCUGCAAGAAGUUGCGCAGGGAGAGUUCCCUGCCCGACCUCAUCCAGGGGCUCGACCAGUUCACAGGCGAGGUGGCGUCGUCCGUCCGAGAGAUGCAGGUGCUGUCGGUGAACCCGGCGUCCGACAAGGACAAGCAGAGGUCAGAGGCCAAGCAGAUCCAGCAGCAGAAGCAGCGAGCCCUGGCUGAGCUGUUCAGGCUCCUGCGCAGGGCUGGCCUCUCUUAUCGCAAGGGUCUCACAGUGGCCCGGAUCUCGAGCGACGACGAGUGGAUGUCGCUUCCCCCCGUGGACGUCCCUACCGCUCUGCGGGACGCGCCGCUCGGGGAAUCGCUCAAGGGGAUGGUGGAGCACGUGGAGAGGAGCUGGACGGACUGCCAGCGCUAUUUCUACCGAUCGGUGGCUCGUCGCUGCAGUCUGCGCACUGUCCUCACUGCCCCCUCUAAGGAUAUGGGACCGGGUAACCUGGAUCGCUGCCGUGGGUUCUCCGAGCACCUGCUGCAGAUGCUGGUGGCGCACAGGAAGCAGCUCACCACGCUCACCGAGCAGCACAUGGCUCUGCGGCAGCUGAUCAGGGCGAUGGAGAAGGUCGGGGGCGGCCCGGCGGCCGGUGAGGCGGUGGCCGCCGUCGCCCCACCCGUGGAGGAGGCGCGUCGCCGGGCGAGCGGGCUGCUGCGCGUGUCCGCCCAGGCGCUGACCGUGCUGGAGCAGACUCGGCUCGUUCUGCGGUGCUGCCCCCAACACGAUCACGGCAGCGGAGAUGCAGAGUCCGGGGCCCCUGGCGGCCAGGCUUGGGGAGUUCCGAGCCCCGUGGCGCCGUCUCGUCUGCCGCCGGCCGCCUCGCUCGUGCGCGACAGCGCGGCGUGGGUAGCGGCGGAGCGGCUGGUGUCGCGGCUGCUCGGUGAGGUCGCUGCGGUGAAAUCGGCGGCGGCGGCGGUGGCGGCGGUAGCGGCGGCACCGGGGCACAUCGUCGGCCCGACGGCAACGCACGUCCUGACCUGGGAGGAGGUGGAUCGCUGUGGCGCCGGCCUCACCACGCUGGGAAGCGUGACGUCGCAGAUGGGUGACCUGCAGCGCCUCUUCACGCCCCCCGGCGAGCAGUGUUCCUCCGCCGAACAGCGUAGUCCCGUAGCCGAUAGCAUCGCGUUUGUCCGCGAGGAAGUCCAACGGGAGCUCGCCGACUUCACCACCUGGAGAACGCAGACGCUGAGCCUGCAGUCGGCAGCGGAUGGCGAUUUGGCAGAUGCGGCGUCGCAGGCGCUGGUUGACGUGUUCAGCGCCGACGUUGAGGGAGCCAUCACGGCCGUGCUGUGCGCCGUGCAGACCCUGGUCGCCCGCGCCAAGGAAGACCGGGAGGAGCAGAAGCGAGCCGACGGUGUAAAAGGCGGUGACGCUGGUGGUGAACUCGGUGACGGCGGCGGUACUGGCGGCGGUGAUGGUGAAAGCGAAGAGGGCGCGGAACCGCCCCUGCGUGUGGACCACAUAUCGGCGGCGCUGGAAGGGCGGCUCUGGGCGGACGUGCGAUCCCUGGCCUUGCCUCGGGUCCUGGCGCUCGCGUCCCAGCUGCUGCAGCGGAUCCUGAAGCCCGGCGUGGGAGCGCAGGCCGCGCUGCGGUGCCGCCGCCGGCUGUCCCGCGCGCUGCCGCUGCUGGGCGCCUACGCGGACCUCGCGUCCUUCUACCUGGUCGCGUCGGUGGCGUCGCACCGCGCCCUCGCCAAGCUGCUGUGCGUGCUGCUUGGCCUCUUCACCGAACUCGUGCACAAGGGAUUUUGUCAGCCGGCCGAGCUGACGGAGGGCGAGGCCGGGGAGGGGUCGGGCAAGUUCCAGGAUGUGGAGGGGGGCGGCAUUGGGGCCGGUGAGGGUGUGAAGGACGUCAGCGACCAGAUCGAGAACGAGGACCAGGUGGAGGACACCUUCCAGCGUGACCAGCAGCACGAGGAGGAGCCCGAGCAGCAGUCCGAGCUGAACGACGAGGAAAACGCCAUCGAGAUGUCGGAAGACUUCCAGGGGAAGCUCCACAAUGGCGAGCUCGGAGACUCGGACGACGAAGGCAAAUCGGACGAGGAGGAGAAGGAGGAGUUGGACAAGCAGAUGGGCAACCUGGGUGAGGGGCCCUCCGAGACGCUGGACGAGAGGAUGUGGGGCGACAACGAGGAGGGGGACGAGGAUGGAGACGAGGGACAGCAGGAGGAAUCUGGGCCUGGCAUGGACGAGGAGGAGUCGGAGCUGGUGGCUCAAGGUGACAACGAGGAGAGUGGGGAAAACAAGCGGAAAGACGACAAGAAACGGGAGCAGCAGCAGGGGGAGGAGGAGGAGGGCAUGGAUGAGGGCGAGGAGGGUGAGGAGAAAAAGAAAAUCAACGAGCAGAAGGAUGAGCGGGACUUUGACGAGAACGAGUCAGACCCGUACCAGAACCAGCAGAAGCCGUGUGACCCCGAGCCCCUUGAGCUCCCGGAUGACCUUGCCCUGGACAAGGACCAAGAGGGGGAGGAAGGGGGUGACCAGAGCGAGGAGGACGAAUCUGGAGACAACCCCCUCGAAAUUGAGGAGAGGCCGAUGGAGCUCGACAAAGAGAAGGACAGCGGGAAAGGGACGGAAGAGGGGGAGGCGGGCGAGCGGCAGGAAGAGGAGGCCUCUGCUGACGCAGGCACACAGCAGGCGGAGGAGGAGGAGGAGGAGGAAAAAGAGCAGGGAGCUGAAGACUCCGAGAAAGAGGCCAUGGAGAAUGAAGCGAAUAGCGACGAGGUGAAAGAGGAGGACGAAGAAGGGGAGGGCGGCGAAGAACGUGGAGAAGGAGCCGAGGCCUCCGGCGAGACCGAGGAAGGAGACGCCGACGAAGACAAAAAGCAGGGAGAGGAGGCGGACAAAGAGGAUGAACGCAGAGAGGAGACGACGGCCGGCACAAGCGACCGCGGGAUGGAGCCCAAGGGGGAAGAGGAGGGCGAGGAGGACGAGGAAGCGGCGGAGGAGCGCGCGGAGCGAGCGACGGACGGCGAAGCGGCCGACGGGAGCCUGCAGAGCGAGCUGGCGCUGGAGCGUGCGGGCAGCACGGCCCAGGAGGAGCAGGGCAAGGAGGAGUACGGCACGGGCGCCGCCGAGAGCUGCGAGGCCGAGGGGCACGAGUCCGACAGGGUGGCGCCGCUCGCCUCCCGCCGGGACACGCGCGACAACACGCAGAGCUACAAGCGCAAGCCGGGCGAGACGAACGAGCGGAGGACCCUGGGCGACCGCGAGCACGACAGCCGAGCCAACAAGAGGCUGAAGACGGUGGACGCGGAGGAGCGCACGGAGCGGCAGGGAGACGCUGAGGAGAAGGCGCGGGACGAAGACGCAGAGCUGUACCAGCACAUGCCAGAGCCGAGCGGGCAGCACGACCGCGUCACGUUCGAUGCCGCCACGCUGGAGCAGCAGGAGCUGUCCCGGGCGGUCACGGACGGCGCCGAGCAGCAGGAGGACGAGGGCACGGACGAUGCCGCCACGGACGAGGUUCCACCACCGGACGAGGCGGACGAUGCUGUGGACGAGGAACUGCGCGCCGUGGAGGCCAAGGAGAUGACGGCGCAGGACAAGCCGGCGUCGUGCAGCGUGCCAGGGAAAGAGUCCGCGGAGCCCAGCUCGGAGCUGGAGGGGGCCACUAAGGAGGACGGUGACGUGGAAAUGACGGAGAUCGAGCCGGGGAGCGGGCCCACCGAGCGGAGCCGGGAGUCCACCUUCCACACCUCGCUCACCGCCCUCACCGAGACCGACCCACAGAGUGUGGAGGUCAUUCGCCAGCAGCUGGAGCAGCAGCUGGAGGUGUGGAGACACCCCACGGACGAGCGACUGGAGGAGGCGCGAGUGGCGUCCGAGGCCUGGCAGAGGUACAUCCACCUGACGAGCCCGCUGGCUCAGCAGCUGUGCGAGCACCUACGCCUCAUCCUGGAGCCCACGCAGGCGGCCAAACUCCGGGGAGACUUCCGCACCGGCAAGCGGUUAAACAUGCGCAAGGUGAUCCCCUACGUGGCGAGCGGCUUCCGCAAGGACAAGAUCUGGCUGCGGCGCACACAGCCCAGCAAGCGGCGCUACCAGGUGUGCGUGGCGGUGGAUGACUCGUCCAGCAUGCUCGACAACCACUCCAAGCAGCUCGCCUUUGAGUCUCUGGCCGUGAUUGGCAAUGCGCUGAGCCUGCUGGAAGUCGGGCAGAUAGCGGUUUGCAGCUUCGGGGAGACGAUGCGCCUGCUGCACCCCUUCCACGAGCCGUUCACGGAGCAGGGCGGCGCCGCGGUGUUGCGCAGCUGCACCUUCCAGCAGAAAAAGACUCACAUCGCCCAGUUUCUGGAGGAGGUGACGAGGAUGUUUCUCUCUGCGCGGCAGAACCAGCAAAGUGGAAUUAAAGGAGCCCUGGAGACGUCGCAGCUGCUCCUGGUCGUGUCGGACGGCCGGGGGCUCUUCCUCGAGGGGAAGCAGCGCGUGCAGGCGGCGAUUCGCGCCGCCCGGGACGCCGGCGUCUUCCUCAUUUUCGUCGCCCUCGACAACCCGGACAGCAAGGACUCGCUGCUCGACAUUAAAGUGCCGAUCUUCGGGGGUCCCGGGACGCUGCCCGAGAUCCGCUCUUACAUGGACGAGUUCCCGUUCCCGUUCUACGUCGUCCUGCGCGACGUCAACGCCCUCCCCGAGACGCUGAGCGACGCCCUCCGCCAGUGGUUCGAGCUCGUGACGGCGUCCGAUCACUGAGAUCGUCGACGCGGCGCGUGGGCAAAGAGGGGAGUCGCGGGGUGAAGGUUUGGCGAUGUAGAGCGGGUGGGGAGGACAGGCGGUGGGGGGGGGAGAUUUGGCGAGGGAGAGGAGACGGUUGCUGGAGAGGGGAAGAGGCCUUUGGGGUGAGAAAAGGGGAUUGGGCAAGAAAGCUGAAAUAAAAAUGGGGACAAAAAUCAUGCACACACAUGGAUUUAGUCAUUCUUCCCAACAUGCAUUUUUCUUUGGAAGUAUUUAAUUAGCAGUACUGAAGCCGGACAGGUGGUUGUCAGGGUAAAAUGUGUUGGCAUAUUUUUUGGCCUGAUUUGUGCCUCCCAUGUCUUGGGAAACGUUUUGGUGAAUGUUCCUGGUUUUUCAGUAGGUUAAAACCCUGAUAGUGACACAAAUUUAUAUUACAGCUUGGUUCAUAUUGGAUCAUCUUCGAGAUCAUUAUUUUAUUUCCCCUUUAUGGACAGGUAGAUGGAGCUAAUGUGGAAAAUGCUUUUAACCUUAGUUGGAAAGCAUUAAAAACUAAGUUAGGAAAUGUAAGGUGAGGGGAAAAGUUUGCGAAGAUGAAGCCGCAGCAUAAAGUUAACGUAACGUUUGAAACCUUGUGGUAACUUACAUAUGCAACGUGGGUUUAGCAUUGUUACUGCAUAACUGUACAAUGUGUUUACCUCAAAUAAGUGUUCACCAUUGUCACGUGUCCCCAGCCCUUUUAAUAAUGAUAAUAAAAGACGAAUUCUGCAUUA